CGGCGGCGGCGGAGGAGGAGGAGGAGGAGGAGGAGGCUCCCGUCGGCCUCCGGCAGGACUGGCGGCGGCGCGGCCGCUGGCGGGACCUUAUUUCUGAGAAGUGCCCUAGGCUGGAUAAGCAAAAAUGAGGAUAGCAGGAGCUGCAAAGUUGGUGGUGGCUGUUGCAGUAUUUCUAUUGACAUUUUAUGUUAUUUCUCAAGUAUUUGAAAUUAAAAUGGAUGCAAGCUUAGGAAAUCUAUUUGCUCGAUCUGUGCUGGACCCAGCCACUCGCCCCACAAAGCCUCCCAGGUACAAAUGUGGAAUCUCAAAAGCAUGCCCUGAGAAGCAUUUUGCUUUUAAAAUGGCCAGCGGAGCAGCCAAUGUUGUGGGGCCCAAGAUCUGCCUGGAAGACAAUGUUCUGAUGAGCGGUGUCAAAAACAAUGUUGGAAGAGGAAUAAAUAUUGCCUUGGUAAAUGGGAAGACAGGGGAGGUACUAGACACCAAAUAUUUUGACAUGUGGGGUGGAGAUGUGGCACCAUUCAUCGAGUUUCUGAAGAACAUACAAGAUGGAACAAUAGUGUUAAUGGCAACAUACGACGAUGGAGCGACCAAACUCACGGACGAGGCGCGGCGGCUCAUUGGUGAGCUGGGGAGUACGUCCAUCACUAGUCUUGGCUUCCGAGAUAACUGGGUCUUCUGUGGUGGGAAGGGGAUUAAGACCAAAAGCCCCUUUGAACAGCACAUAAAGAACAAUAAGGACACAAACAAGUACGAAGGAUGGCCCGAGGUGGUGGAGAUGGAAGGCUGCAUCCCCCAGAAGCAAGACUGAAGGGAGCGUGAAGACGGGAGGAACGCACUUUGAUUUUGACGCGGCAAGCUGCAAAGCUGCCGCUCCACUCCGUGUACAUAUUCUAGCAGCAUGCGGCCGUCCAGGGUGUGCACGAGCAAGAUCGUCUCUGUCGAUUCCAGGAUUAUUUAUUGUUAACAAAAAUGACUCCCUUUGUAAAUAGCCCUCCGAUCACUAAGCCCCUUUUAAGCACAUUUCCCUACAAGAACAACGUGUAGACUUCAAUGGCAAUAAUGUACUUCAGUACGGAAAGCAUAUUCAGUGGGUAACCAGGCCGGCUGCAAAGGCAUUGGUUUAUAUUCUGGUUGCUGUGAAACUCCGUCCUGGAAAAACAUGGCUUUUAGGGAGGAAAUCUUAUUCGUACAUAUGUCUCUGUAUAAAUAUCUGGCAUGUGAUGACAGUAUCCUUUAAAUUAAAGAGAUUUUUGGCUAGUUGUAUGUAUAAUGUUAUCUUACAGUCUGGCUCCUGGCGCACCUCUUUUCGUAGUCUUAAUUUUUUUCCUUCCAAAGAAAGCAAGAAAUAAAAUGUUUCACAUGAAAAUUUUCA